AUGUUCAGCAACGGGAGGGCCCGGAGCGGGAUAAUCGUGCUGCCGUGUGGGGCGGGGAAAACGCUGACAGGAAUUACAGCUGUCUGUACACUGCAGCGCAGCGCGGUGGUGCUGACAACUUCUGCUGUUGCUGUUGAGCAGUGGAAGCGGCAGUUUUUGGAAAACAGCAGCAUAAAAGAAAAGGAAAUAAUGCUGCUGACAGCAGAAAGCAAGCAGCAGCUGUGGGGCCCCGCUGCAGCAGGCGUGCUGCUGAGCACCUACACCAUGCUGGCCUUCUCCGGCCGCCGCAGUGCUGCUGCUGCUGCUGUCCUCAGCCAAAUCCAAAGUCGAGAAUGGGGAAUUCUCAUUUUCGACGAAGUCCAGUUUGCCCCGGCCCCUGCCUUCCGCAAGAUCAACGCCCUCGUCAGAGCCCACUGCCGCUUGGGACUCACAGCCACGCUGGUGAGGGAAGAUGACUUGAUUAAAGACCUGCAGUGGAUUAUUGGCCCGAAGCUCUACGAGGCGAAUUGGAUUGAUCUUCAAAAUCAGGGUUAUCUCGCGAAAGUCUCUUGCCAAGAAGUCUGGUGCCCCAUGACUGCCGAGUUUUACAGAGAGUACCUCAGAGCGCCGUACGCGAAGCAGCGGAAGCUGUGGGUGUGCAACCCCUCCAAGUUGAUGGUUUGCGAGUUUUUGCUCAAGUUCCACGAAGCCAAAGGCGACAAAAUAAUUGUUUUUUCCGACAACGUGUUUGCCCUCUUGCAUGCAGCGCGUGCGCUGAACAGGCCCUUCAUUUACGGCAAAGUGUGCCCGCCGGAGCGCAUGGCCAUCCUCACCAAAAUGAAAGCUCCUUCAACACCCUUUUUCUUUCGAAAGUCGGAGACAAUGCAAUUGACAUUCCGUGCGCAAACGUCGUCAUACAAAUCUCCUUCAACUUUGCUUCCAGGUCAGCAGCAGCAGCAGCAGCACAGCAGCAGCAGCAGCACCAGCAGCACAGCAGCAGCAGCAGCACCAGCAAGAGUAGCCGCACCAGCAGCGCGAGCAGCAGUAGCACUAGAAGGAGUAGCAGCAGGCCUAGCACCCAAGAACGAACAGGAGCACCAUCAUCAGCAGCAGCAGCAGCAGCAGCAGCAGCAGCAGCGUGGGGUGCGGCAGGAGGCGCAGCGGCUGGGGCGGAUUUUGCGGGCGAAGCCGCGCGGGGCGGAAGAAGACGGAGGCUUUAAUGCAUAUUUUUAUUCUUUAAUAAGCAAAGACACUUUGGAAAUGGUUUACGCGGACAAGAGGCAGCAGUUCAUCAUCGACCAGGGCUAUUCGUACAAAGUGCUGCACUGCAGAGACCUGCCGCUGCAGCAGCAAACCCUCGUCUACGGGGAUCGGGAUCGGCAGCAGGCGCUGCUGCGGGACAUUUUGCUGAGUGAUGAUUUGGACAAAAGUUUGGAUGAAGAUGAAGACGAAGGGGCUUAUUUGCCGCAGCAGCAGGAGCAGCAGCAGCAGCAGCAGCAGCAGCAGCACGAGCAGCAACCCAACGUGCGAGUCGUCCAGGGAGGACUCGCCGGAAUUUCGGGCAAGCCCUCCACUCACAGCUUCGCUUCCCCCUAG